AUGCGAAGUUUCAAGACUUUCACCAAAGUUCUUGACCCGCCACCCCACAGCAAACCCGCCAAGAACACCAAGGGCAAAGCCUCGUUUGGGACCUUUGUGAAGCUUCAGCCUUCAGCCAAAACUUUGAGCAAGAAGCGUGCACUUGAUGCUACUGUGGAGUUCGUGGACUUGGAAGCGCUUCCAGGAAUGCAAGAUGUUGUGGCGAUUGUGAAUGCUCGUUGUGCUGAGACGCUCAGCACCAUGCCCCAGCUCAUCGUUGACAAGAAGGUUGGCGUUGCCUUCAAGAACUGCACUGGCCAUGAGGUGACUUUGCAGCAGGCAGGAUGUGGAGAGGCAAAGUUUCGUGAGGCUGCACCUGACAAACCGUUGACCGAUUCUGAGAUUCUCUUUGAGGCGGAUGGCAACACUUAA